CCUACCUUCUUUUUCUUCAACUACGAUCACAUGGCUUUCGCUGCUGCCAAACCUUUCUCUAAUAAUUCUCUAAUGCACACUACCAAGCAUCCCCCAAAACGUCCCCUUUUGCUCAAGGACUACCUCAGGGACGACCUCGGUUCCUGUUCAUCCAACGGUUUUAAAUCGUUGCCGCGCCGACGAUGCUGCACCACCGUGGGAUUCUUCGUUGAGAAAGAUCUCCAACUCCAACGCAAAACAAGGAACACACUACCUCGACGUCGACGAUCAUCCGUGUCGGCUCUGCAGAGAGCUUCCGUGGCCGUAAUCAACGCGAUAAAAUCGCUUCCGACGUCACAAAAGGGUGGUAGAGCGAAGAGAGGUGGCGUUCUCUGUAGAAGCCUCUCGAGGAAGCUGUUGAGUAGAAGCUUCUGGAAAAAAGCAGCAGUGGUGAGGGAAGAGGGAAGCCAACAAGGCGUGCCGCGGAGGAGGACAUCUUUCCGGGAACUCAUUAUGCUGGAUCAGGAACAUCAUAAAGCGACGUCGUUCAUUGAGUAUACUGCAUUAGCUGCCCCGAGUUUCACCACUUCUUCUGGUUGUGGCAGUAACAGUUGGGGAGAGAGUGAAUUCACGUUUGCAUCUACCGCUGCUUCCUCUGAGAGCUCCAACGAAAACUACCUCCUGCUUGAGACAACCAAAGAGUAUACACCACGACGUCACAAGGUAGAAGAAGAAGUGGUAACCAAGGAAUACUGGGCAAAUGAGAAAGAACAGUUUAGUCCUGUAUCGAUACUAGAUUGUCCAUUUGUAGAUGAAGAAGAGAUUUACAAGUGUCGUUUCAGAUCCACUUCCUCUGUUGUUUCCAUCACGGAAGGAAGGAAACACAAGCAUAUGCACGAAAGAUGCCAUUUAGAAAGUGUGGCUUCACCGGAGCCGGUGAUUUUAGAGAAAAGGUUUGCGCGGUUAGAGGCGGGGGAUGAAACACUCAAGCAUUCUACAAAACAACGUUCCCGCGUAGUAGUGCCAGCAGCGCGUACUCGAAAUAACUUGCGUCCUGCAAACAAUCACGACAUUGAGGAGAACGCUCGAAAUCUUCUCAACUUCGUUAAAGGAUCAAAUCCACAGAACACUUUGAUACUUAAGGCAGAGAACCUGCUGUUUGAUUACUUCAAGAAGAGUGUUGGAGAAUGUAAAGAAAUUGAUCUGUCAAAAAAGCUUCACCUUUGCAAGGUAGCAGAGGAUUGGAUAAACGGGCGACCCCAAGAACUGUAUUUGGAUUGGGAAGAACAAGGACGAAGGUCUGUGUAUGUUAGGGAGAUGGACAGAUGUGAAGGGUGGAAAAACUAUGAUCAAGAAAUACAACAAUUGGGUGGGGACCUGGCAAACGAAGUCUUGACAAUUCUGGUUAAUGAGUCAGUGCUUGAUCUUAUGAUACGUGCCAGCCACUGAGAUAACAUGCUGCCGAUUACCUUUUUCCAUUGUUUCUUUUUCCUUUUACAUCGAUUGUAUUCGUCUCUUCUCCCUGUCUCGGGGAUACGAGACUCUAAAUUUUGGAACAAUUAGGGAAAAUUUUUGCUUUUA